UUAACAACAGUAAGCAAAUGUGUGUAUUCCUAACUCAAAACUUACAGAUGAAAAUUUAUUGAGGAUUGUGUUUCCAAACAUUAUUUCCUUCUAUGAAAACUGAAAGAUGGAACUUAGAAAUAGAUUUGGGUUCUAGAUUGUAUUUUAUCUUCGUAAGCGCUCAAGGGAAUCAUGGCUUCCGCUGCCAUGGGAACUCUAAACUAAGUCACUGCCUCUCGAGCUCGUGCCGCCUGCUGAGAAAUCGAUUGGCUCGUAAGCAGAAGUCCCCGUUUGACAGCCCAUCUUUUCAACAGAAGAGAGCGGGAAGUGUUUUUGGAAUCCCACUCAAGCCUCACUGUAUACUGAAAAGAGAUCGGUCUUCCGUAUUCGAGUUCCUCCACUUCUUCAAGAUCUGA